AUGAGAACUUGCAAAAUUCACGAUCUUCUUCGCCAACUAUGCCUAAGAGAAGCUCAUACUGAAAAUGUUGUGCAUGUCAUGAAUGGGAAUGUUCCCAUCUCCUUAGAAGCCAUAGAUGAUCAACGGCGACUGAUCGUUCAAUUUGAUCUUCAAGAGAAGCAAUUUUAUCCUACAAGGCAUAGCAGUGGUAUUACAAGUACAACCCGCACCUUUAUUUCAAGGCCAACACAUAUUCGAAAAUGGAAUUUCUCCAUUGUUUCACAGUUGAAGUUGCUUAAGGUGUUGGAUGUAUUUUCAAUUGAAUACGAUUUCUCUUGUGUAAUACCUCAACUUGUACAUUUGAGAUAUGUUGCUGCAAAAAUUAGGGAAACUUUUUCACUAGCCAAAUUGAGAAAUCUACGGACCAUAAUUUUUGAAAGUUUUCUAGGGACCAAGUUGAAGCGCCCGGUAGAUAUCUGGACAACAACGGAGAUUAGACAUGUGGAUAUUAGAUCACCACUCUAUAUAUCUAAUCCUCUUGAGGCAGAACAUCCUCUGUUUCUCAAUAACUUGCAAACACUCACUCUUCACUUCUCUCCUUUUGCGGUAGAAAUCAUAAAACGAACUCCCAAUCUAAAAGAACUAAGGAUUUUACAUAAAGCUAAGCAUUCUGACGGGCUUGCUAUUGUUGAUUCUCUCAGCCUUCUUGAGAAACUGGAGAAAUUACACCUAGAAGCACAACAAACCGUUAACCAGAUCAUGAUUUUCUCAGCGGAUAUUUUCCUUCCUAAUCUCAAGGAGUUGACAUUAUCAUUUACUUAUAUACCAUGGGAAGCUAUCAAUUUACUGGCUAAUUUACCCAAUCUUGAGGUGCUCAAAGGGUAUUCUGCAUUCGAUGGAACAGAUUGGAGACUAAAUGAAGAUGUUGUGUUUCGCAAAUUAAAACGUCUAUUACUACAUAGGUGUAGAGAUCUGCAAAAGUGGGAAGCUGGUAGUGAUAAUUUUCCGAUGCUUGAGCAACUAAUACUACAUUGGUUUAUUCAACUGGAGGAGAUUCCCGAGA